CAUCUAAUUGUCUAAGGAGCGUGUGGUUGUAAUAGUCGAGGUGGAUUUAACGUUGGAGUGUUAUUAUGGUUUGUUUGAGGGAGUAAUCGAGAACAUGUCCAAUACGCUGGCGCCAGCGGGUUUCUUUGAUAUCAGUCCAUCAGGUAAUCCUCGGACAAACGGACACGGCAAAGAAAACAAUGUCCUGGUUCCAGUUCUCAGCUUGGUUCAGUUUUCUAGGUCUCCUUUCGUGACUUUCGGGACGGUAAAGUUGGAGUCAUCCAAAUUCUUACCUCUAUGCAUUGAAAACCCAAAUGAGGACGCAGCCAUUACUGUGAUUGUGGAUAAAAUCCCUUCUUCUCGAGGCUUCUCAGUUGAUCAAACGGCCUUCAUAAUCCCGCCUGAAGACAAAGUGGUCAUAACUGUAACAUGGACACCUGCAGAAGAAGGUGGUGUGAGAGAAGUCCUUGGCUUUAUUGCAAAUGGCAUUGUCAAGCAUCAAGCAAUUUUGCUUGGAAAAGCAGUGGGUGCAAAAACCAAAAAGAAAAGCCUAUGGGAUACCAUCAAAUCCAUGAGAGUCCCUACUCAUGGUGGAAAAGUGGCAUCAAUACCGAUCAAGGCAGCCAACAAGACGUUUCGGGUGUCUCGAGAGCCACAAUAUAAAAAGAAUAGACCCUCAAACCCACUAACCCCAUUAAACCAGGAAAAGACUUACCAAAAGCCUGUUAGGAAGAAGAAAAAUUCCCAGUCUGUGUAUCCUGAGAUCCCCCAAGUUCUGCCUAAGACUAUUUAUGAUGACUUAGAAAGCAGAUCUUCUCAAAACAAGUCUCCAGUUGUUCUGUUAGUGCCAGCUGACAGAUUUCUUGAUGCUAUGGAUAAGGAAAAUAUCUCUUCUGUACCACUGCAGAACAUUGAUUACAAAGAAAGCAGAGUGUUGAAUAAGACACUGUCACCUAUUGGUACCCCAGAGAGGUUUUCCAAGCCCUUGAUGUCUUGCUUUCAAAGUCCUCUUCCUGUCAUUUGUAAACCGGUGAAGGAUGGAAAUUCCGAGACGACGACAACACAGGUUUUGUCUGUUAAGGAUGCAUUGGCUGUUAUUAAUUCUGAUCUGUCUUGUCCAGUGAGUCCCCCAAAUGCCUGCUCUAGCUUAAAUUUGGCUGAUUCUCUGGAGUCUGAUGAUUUAAGCAUGGAUGGUAAAUUUGAAACGGCUGUAAACAUUGUGGGAGAUGUCUCACCUGAGACUGACGUUGCUCAGCCGAGGCUGACAUUCUUCGUUAAAUCCAACAACGAACUAGAUGGCAAGCCAGGGCCUGAGGGUCUUAUCCACAGCCCUGCUGCUUGCUCUACCUUGAAUACCAAAUUUUACAACGGGGUAGGUGAUGAUGAAUUGAACCAGGAAGGUCUUCAACCCAAGAAGGUACUUUUUAACUCUGCUACAGUUAUCAAAAGCAAAGCCGGGGCUUCUCCUGAGCACAGUCCAAAUGUAUGCAAAAUGAGAACCUUCAGACGGAGACUUCUGCAGAAAGUAGCCAGUCCAGAGUCAAACACAGGGUUACUGGAGGGGGUCUCUGUUUUGCCUGUAAUAAACUCUGAUGCAUGCGUUAACUUUGAUUCCAAUGUAACACCACCCCAGGAAUUGGAACAGAAGUUGAGGACUCAAAGUUUUCAGCCUCCAACGUCCACUCAUGCUGUGCAACCAAUCCUAACCCUUAAUGAUGAAAAUAAUGCAAAUGUUGCUGCCUCAUGUGAAAGUUAUCCAUCAGACUUUCGAGUAUUGCCAUUCUGCGUCACUGAGGACACGUUUCCUGUUCGUAGCUGCACAGCAAAUCAGAAUAGAAAGAGAAAAAGUGAAGGAUAUUUAAGGGACAACUCGGUGUGUUUGCCUAGAUUUUUGGAAGUCAAACAAAACUCUGAUGAAAUACAAGAAAACAAAAAAUCCUGUUAUGAAAAACAGUUUGAGUCGAGGUGUAAACAGACACACAGAAAAAUAACUGCAUCAAGUUCAAGAAAGUCUACAAAAGUGGCAGUAAAAAAGCUGAAUCCAAAAUCAACACAGCAAGGAGGCCAGUCUUUGAAGUCCUUCAGCGCCUCAAAGGUGAAAACGGCAAAGGUCAUAGCUGUGGCACAAACCCGACUUAACUUCAUAAAGCCAACGCAGACCGUUAUUCCCAGGCAUCCAUUGCCAUUUGCUGCCAAGAACAUGUUUUAUGAUGAACGUUGGAUUGAGAAGCAGGAACGAGGAUUCACGUGGUGGAUGAAUUAUGUGCUCACUCCUGAUGACUUCAAAGUGGCCACUGAAGUCACCAAAGUGAAUGCCAUAUCACUAACUAUGGAAGGUGAGAAGGUCCACAUACCCAAAGCGCCAACCAAAGAGGAGAUGUCGUUCAGGACCUAUACAGCACGGCGACACUUGAACAGUGUUCGACGUUCAGCAUGCCAGCUGUUUACGUCUGACAAAAUGGCGAAAGCUAUAAAGCGCCUGGAGUUGGAGGUGGAGGCAAAGAGGCUUCUUAUUCGUAAGGACCGGCACCUCUGGAAGGAUAUAGGUGAAAGACAGAAAGUUCUAAACUGGCUCCUGUCUUACAAUCCACUCUGGCUUCGAAUCGGACUGGAGACGAUCUUUGGAGAACUGAUUUCCUUGGAGAGCAACAACGAUAUCAUGGGCCUGGCCAUGUUCAUUCUUGGGCGGCUGCUGUGGAAUCCAGACAUUGCUACAGGGUUCAGACACCCUAAAGUUCCCCACCUGUACAGAGAUGGUCAUGAGGAGAUGCUGUCCCGCUUUACUUUAAAGAAAUUGCUCUUGCUUGUCUGCUUUCUGGACAAGGCCAAAGAAUCUAAACUAAUUGAGCACGACCCUUGUUUGUUUUGCAUGGAUGCUGAAUUUAAGACAAGUAAAGAUCUACUGCUAGCAUUUUCACGAGACUUCCUCAGUGGGGAGGGAAUCCUUCCACGCCACCUUGGCCUUUUAGGUCUUGCUGUGUCCCAUGUCCAAACCCCCUUGGAUGAGUUCAACUUUGCUGUGCAGAAUCUUGCUACUGAUCUAAGAUGUGGCAUUCGCUUGGUACGGAUCAUGGAGGUCUUCACUCAAGACUGGUCCCUGUCGAGUAAGCUGCGGAUGCCUGUGAUUAGUCGUCUUCAGAAGGUGCACAAUGUCGACAUCGCACUACAGGUGCUGAGAGAGAAAGGAGUUGACUUGAGAGAUGAACAUGGAAUCAUCAUUGACCCCAGAGACAUAGUAGAUGGGCACAGAGAGAAGACGCUUAACCUCCUAUGGAAAAUAAUCUUUUCCUUUCAGAUUGAGAUUCUGCUUGAUGUGGAGCAACUCAAAGAAGAAAUCAACUUCCUCAAAAAAAAAUGGAGAACAAGACAGAAGUUGUGUUCUUUAAAGGAUGAUGAAUACGUUUUAAAGAGCAGAAAAGAAACAGCAUUUGAACAUCCUAGUGAGAAACUGACUUUGUUACUGGAUUGGGUCAAUGCAGUUUGUAGCUUCUACAGAUUGAAGGCUGAAAACUUUACAGUGUCAUUCUCUGAUGGUAGAAUCCUUUGCUAUCUUAUUCAUCACUACCAUCCAAACCACCUGCGAGCUGAGGACGUUAAGCAUGAAACAACACAAACUAUCGAGUGUAGCCUUCAUUCCAAAGUGGAACUGAAUAACUCCUCAAGUGACUCUGAUUAUUCCUUUGAUUCCUUGGAGCAGAAAGGUUCGGUGUCGACAGUCGAUGUCAAAAUGCUUCUUGAGAAUGAGCGUAGAAAUUUUCAGCUAGUGAGCUUGGCUGUGUCUGACCUUGGAGGCAUUCCUGCCAUGAUCACUUCAGAGGACAUGUCCAACACAAUUCCAAAUGAAAAGGUGGUUACAUGUUACCUGUCCUUCCUCUGCACUCGACUUUUGGAUCUCCGGAAUGAGACUAGAGCUGCCAGAGUUAUCCAGAGUGCAUGGUGGCGAUAUAAGCUUCAGAAAGACAUGCAGAUUAGUCAGCUGAGGAACCAAGCUGCAAGAAAAAUCCAGGUUCUCGUGCGUUGCUUCAUACAGAAAAAAAGGAUGAACAGGCAGAAUAUGGCUGCCACCAUAAUUCAGGCUAUCUGGAGAGGUCACUCAGCUCGAGAAGAGUUAAGAAGAUUAAGGGAAGCAAAAUACUUUGCUAUGCGAGAAACUGCUGCAGUCUUAAUCCAGAAGACGUACAGGAAGUGGAGGGGACGCGUGUUCCUGAAGAAGAAUCAUGCUGCAGUUGUCCUCCAGGCAACUUUCCGAAUAUGGCAUGCAAGGAAAAUGGCACUGAAGAAUUCUGCUGCUAUUAAGAUCCAGGCAUGGUAUAGAAUGCAACAAUGUCAAAAACAAUAUCUGAUCAAGAAAUCCAAAGUGGUCUUAAUUCAAGCAUGGUUCAGGGGUAACAGUCAGAGAUGCAAGUUUCAAACCAUGAAGAAGAAGCAUCAAUCUGCCGUCGUCAUCCAGAGUGCUUUCAGGGCCUUCCUUGUCCGAAAACACACAGAUGAGUUGAGGCAAGCUGCAAUGUUUAUCCAGCUGUGGUAUAAGGCCUGCUUAUUAAAGAAGGCAGAACAGAAGCGUUUUAAAGAGAUUAAAUCUGCGGCUGUCACACUUCAAGCAGCAUUCAGAGGAUGGAAGGCCAGAAGAGAAUUAUCAAAGCAACACCAGGCUGCUGUAGUAAUCCAAACUGCUUACAGAAGAUUUGUGGCUCAAAGGGCUUUCUUGUCUUUGAAAAAUUCUGUGAUUAUACUCCAAAGGAGGUAUAGAGCUAAAACACUUGGUGAAAAGUUAAGAAGAAAAUACCUGUCUCUGAAGUGUGCAGCAAUACAGAUUCAGGCAACAUGGAGAGGCAAAGUGGAGAGAAAGAGAAUCAAUCAGCUUCAUCAAUAUGCUACAGUGAUCCAGUCGCAUUAUCGUAAACAUGUGGUGCAAACAAAGUUUCUGGCAUUAAAGCAGGCUGCUGUAGUCAUUCAAAAACAAUACAAGAAUUUUAGAAUGAUGAAAGAAAAGCGAUCUGAAUUUCUUGCCUUCAGUAAAGCUGUAGUAGUUCUUCAGAGUGCAUAUCGUGGUAUGAGAGUAAGGCAAGACAUGACUAAAAAAAGCAAAGCUGCUACUGUAAUUCAGUCAGCUGUGAGAGCUUUUAUUUGUCGGAAGAACUUUCUAGCUCAAAGCAGAGCUGCCAUUGUCCUUCAGCAACAUUACCGGGCAUAUGUACUCGGAGAGCUGGAGAGGCAACGUUAUAUUCAACUAAAAAAAUCAACUGUAAGUCUUCAGGCCAUAUGUCGAGGCUGCAAAGUGAGAAGAGAACUGAAAAAAAAGCAUCAAGCUGCUACAGUUAUCCAAGCAUAUUUCAGAAUGUAUAAGGCACAAAUCUGCUACGCUGCAGUCAGAUGCGCUGCUACCAUCAUACAACAGCGCUACAGAGCUUGUGUGUUGGGCAGGAAGACUUGUGUAUCUUAUCUACAAAUAAAAACUGCAGCUAUGACCAUACAGUCAUCAUUCCGAGGAAUGAAGGUUCGUAGAAAUCUUCAAAACAUGCACCAAGCAGCAACAGUAAUUCAGGCAUGUGUUCGUGGACACCUGCAGUUGGUGGCGUAUAGGAGACAAAAAUGGGCAGCAUCCAUCAUCCAGAGGCAGUUUCGUGCCAACAAGCAAAGGAACAUUGUUCAAAAGCAGUAUAUCAAAAUGAAAGAAGCAGCGCUAUGCAUUCAGUCAGCAUAUCAUGGCAUGAGGGUGAGAAAAUGGAUCUCAAAUAUGCAAAUGUCUGCAAAGAUUAUUCAGAAGAACUAUAGAAUGCACAAGCAAUGCAAAGAGUAUCAGGUCCUCAAACAAGCAACAAUCCUUAUGCAGAGGAGAUACCGUGCUAAUCUUCUCGCAAACAGGCAGCGUGAGGGGUAUCAUGCUAUGCAAAAAGCAGUCAUCACUUUGCAGGCUGCAUACAGAGGAAUGAGGGUGAGAAGAGCGGUCCAAAAGAGAGACAGAGCAGCCACAGUGAUCCAGGCAAGUUACAAAAUGUACAGAAUAAGAAUGCCCUUCCAAGCCAUGAGAAGAGCUGCCAUCCUCAUCCAGAGACAGUACCUGGUUUACAAAGAAAGGAAGCAUUUCUUGACCAUCAGAGCAGCAGUCAAGCUUUGCCAAGAAAAAUAUCGGGCCAUUUUGGCUUCAAGACAACAGCGGAAAGCUUACCUCGAGAAGUAUAAUGCUGUUCUUGCAAUUCAGGCAGGUUACAGAGGAAUGAGGGUCCGGCAGCAGAGGCAAGUAGAACAUAAUGCUGCAAUAACCAUUCAGUCCUAUGUCAGGAAGCAUGUAAACCAAAAGUACUACCAAAGGCUACUCUGGGCAACAAGAACUGUUCAGCAACGCUACCAAGCCAAUAAACGGAGAAAACAGGCCAUUGAGUCUUUUAAGAAGAAGAGGGCUGCUAUUGUUUUACAGGCAGCGUUCCGUGGUAUGAAGGCCAGACAAGCUCUGACACAAAAGCACCAGGCUUGUAUCAUUAUACAGAGUACUUACAGGGCUCAUUGUGCUCGGACGCGAUAUUUGUGUAUGAAAUAUGCCGUCUUUGCUAUUCAGCAAAGAUUCCGAUCUAUACUUGCAGCUCGCAGUCAGAGGGAGCAGUUCCUGAGAUUGCGUUGUGCUGCAGUUACCAUUCAGGCUAUCUACAGAGGUCGUCAUGUCCGGAAGAAAAUGAUUCAUCGACAUCAAGCAUCCACAAUUAUUCAGGCUGCUUUCAGAAGACAUAGAGAGGAAACUAAGUAUCAGGCCAUGAGGUUGUCUACUAUUAUCAUUCAGAGACAUUACAGGUCCUACAUUGAAACUAAGGCAGUCCGGGAGAAAUAUUUGAUGCUGAAAAAGUAUGCCAUACAUCUACAGGCAGCUUAUAGAGGACGCUCUGUUCGACGGAAUAUGGCAAAAAUGCACAAUGCUGCCACAGUCAUUCAGGCAGCAGUAAGGAUGCACAAGCAAAGACUGGUGUUCAGAAGGAAACUGUGGGCAGCAAACGUUAUCCAGGAGAAAUUCAAUGCUUGGAAGCUUGGGUAUCAACAAAGGCAGAGAUACCAGCAUUUAAAGGAUGCCACUUUGUGCUUGCAGAAGUCGUUUAGAGGCAAAAAAGCAAGAGAACUGGCGAAACGCAUCAGAGCUGUAAGAACAAUCCAGUCCUACGUAAGGAUGUCCAUCCAAAGGCGACGCUUUAUGAAGACAAAAGCUGCAGCCGUUACAAUUCAGUGUGCUUAUAGGGCACAUUAUCAGAGUGUGCAACAAUCCAGGAUGCAAAAAGCUGCCAUCUUAAUACAGCAGUGGUACAGGUCAUAUAGACUUGUCCAGGAAGAGAAAAAGUUGUUCAAAACAAUUCAGAAAGCCACACUGACAUUGCAGCAUGCAUUACGGCAAAUGCUCACAAGGCGACUUGAAAAACGAAGACUAGCAGCUAUUAAGAUUCAGUCUGUGUUGCUCAUGCAUCUAUACCACAGUCGCUAUAUAAAGUUGCGCUCAUGUGCUGUAAAGCUACAAGCUAAUUACAGGAUGCAUACAGCCAGGAGAAGUUAUCUAAGACAUCAGGCUGCUGUGGUUACAGUACAGACAUUCUACAGGGCAUACAGAGCAAAACUGGAACAGAGACAGCAAUAUCUUAGGACACUGGAUUGUAUCCGUGCACUUCAAGCGCGAGUGCGUGGAUUUAUUGCAUACAGAAGAUUUCAAAAAGUGAUAACAAGCGCAGUCAAGAUACAGGCAUGUUAUCGUGGAAUGGUUGAGCGGCGCAAGUUUCACCAACAGAAGUCGUCUGCAUGUGUUAUUCAGAAGCAUUACAGAGCCUAUCAACUCUGCCAAAGGGAGCGGGUACAGUUCCUCAAACUUAAGAAGUCUGCACUUCUGAUACAAACAAAAUUCCGUGCCUACCUAUCAAGAAAAAGUAACAUGCAGAGACGAGCUGCACUAAAAAUUCAAACUUGGUUUAGAGCAUGCCAGGCUAGACGUGCCUACGUCUCAAAACAAACUGCCAUUGCAACCAUCCAUAGAUGUGUCCAAACAAGAUAUCAGCGGUUAAGGUUUCAAGCAAUCCAGCACAGUGUCUGUGUAAUUCAGCAAAGAUGGAGGGAAACUCUGAUUGCCAGGAAACAGCGAGCUGAAUUCCUGAAAAUUAGAAAAUCGGUUGUUAUUGUGCAAGCCGUGUGGAGAGCGACAAGGGUGAGAAGAGCAAUUCAAAAGGCAAAUGAAGCUGCAAGACUGCAUCGUUUUGCUGCUGCUGCUCAUCAUCAUUUGUGUGCAGUGAGGAUACAGAGGGCACUGAGAGUUCACUGGGCACUGAAAGCAGCCAAGAGGCAGAUCUCUUCAGUCAUUUAUAUCCAGCGCUGGUUCUUGACCAGGCUUCAGAGAAGGCAAUAUCUUGAACGAAGACAGAAAGUCAUUGUGGUUCAAAGAGCAGUGAAAGCUUGGCUUAAUCAUCGCAAUCAAGCAGCUACUCUUAUCCAACAUGCUGCCAAAAGAUUCCUUCUGAGACGCAGGAAAGAAAGAAUGCAAUGUGGUAUCAUAAAGUUCCAGGCACUCUGGAGAGGUCAUUGCUCAAGAAAGCUUCAUGACACCACCAAAGUCAUUUCCAUCAGACAUCACUUGCGGAAAGUCAACAGAGAGGUCAAGGAAGAAGACAAGCUGUGUCACAAGACUACAACUGCCUUGAGCUACCUUCUUGGUUAUCAAAAUUAUGCCUAUAUUCUAACUGCCUUAAAGCAUUUGGAAACUACAACCAGACUUUCACCAGAGAGCUGUGAGCAUCUUGUGAACAGUGGAGCAACACGCACCAUCUUCACCUUGAUAAGGAGCUGCAACCGGAGUGUGCCUUCAAUGGAGAUAAUCAUAUUAGCAAUUCAAGUUCUUCUCAAUCUAUCAAAAUACAACAAGACCAUAGAUGCUGUUUAUGAUGUGGAGGACUCUGUGCAAACACUCUUAGAUCUGCUUCAGCUGUACAGAGAGAAAGCUGGGGAUAAGGUUGCAGACAAGGGUGGCAGCAUCUUUACCAAAGCAUGCUUCCUUUUGGUGAUUUUGGUACAGGAUGAAGAACGGGCAUUGGGAGUGAAAAAGAUCCCCAGGGCCUCCGACCGUAUUUGCAGGAUCUACAAGUUAAUGCUUCAGAAAUACAAAAUGGAUGCCCAGAGAACCAAAGUCAAGCAAGGGAUGAAUGGAAGCUUCCUUUCCCAAGCCACUCCUCAAAAGUCUAAGCCAAUACUGAGAUUUGUACCAGACUGGGUUCUUGAAAGAAAGAAGAAGAAGAAUAUUAUGGAUCCUCUUAGUGCCAUCCAGGCAUUGGUUAAAUCUCUUGGCAUUGCACCCUGAGAACAGAGCAAGAUUUAUUGUACAUGCCCCCCUGACCCGAACUUGUACAUAUUAUCUAAUUUUAUAUUAUUGCUUUUCCCAGCUGUAAAAUAUUUUGUUCUUUGCAAUUGUGUUGUCAGAGCAAUGCUUUUAUGUGUAAAAGUACAUUGAGUGCUGUUUUCAAUUAAAGUGUCUUUGCACUGCAAUUAUUUUAAGUCAUGACAAAACCUAGGAAUUCUUUUUAAAUGUUAGUUUUCUUAAAUGCAAGAACUAAUCCUUGAUAUUCCAUGUGCCUUCUGUGGUUGUGUUAGUAUUGCAGAAGUGGAGAAGCAUCAAAAAAAUUUAUGCAUGCAUGUGUUUUUUGUUUUUUCCCUUCCCCCAUGUAAAAGUUUGUUGAUGUGUGCAUAUUAGGCAAAUCAUUGACACCGAAUGAUGGAAACAUUUCUCGUAGUUCCAAGAGAACAUGGUGAACAAGCCAACAUUAAAUUUCGUUUUGAGGUUUCUGAAUGACUACAUCCUCAUUACCAUUGGAAAAUUUGUUUAAUGUUUAACAAAGAUUUUCCACUUAAAUAGCAUGCUGUUUUGUAAUUGCAAAUGUGCCUAACUUCAACUCUUGUCUAUGUGUAAUGUUUCUUUCAUUCUGAAAACCAAGUGUUCACGAGCUGGAGUCCUACGUGAUGACUGCCUUUUUCUGUAAGUCAGUCAGGUUUACUGUACAUACUGCUUUGUGAAAGUUAAAUGGUACAUAACCA